GCUACUGUGUAUUAGAUUGUGGUUUAACUGUCAGGGGCUGAGAGACCCUGGAAACUACAGUUUCGUUGGUACGCGCACAGUCACUGUGUAAGACAUUUCGUGUAUUCUCUUACAUAGUGAGCACGGUCAAGAGUAUAUGCUUGUAUGCCGUGGUAUGAUUCAAAUUACCGAACGAAUCUAAAAUUCGUCCUUGAACGAAUCAAUCGCAAAGUGUCAACAUCGUGGUGUCAACAAGCGCCAGAAUGCACUGUGCUUGAAAAUCAAGAACUUAAAAGAAGUGUGUUACUGGUGUGAAAAAGGGUUUGGGACUGUAGGAACAUUGUAUGAGAUUGAUAUGAAAAUGAAGUAUGUAUAUUCAAUGUGUAAUGCAAGCAGGCGUCAUUGUACGUGAAAAUGACAUCUUUCCUCUGGGUGCCUCAAGUUCUUUGGUGAUUUUGUAGUAGAAAAAUGUGAAAAAUGAGGAUGGAAUACGAGAAAACGAAAACCAAUAAACAGUCAGAAACACUAUACUCCAAAGUUCAAAAUGUGUAUUGUAGGAAAAAAGGAAGAGAUGAACUGCGUAAAGAUGUGAGACUUACAUUAGAAAUAGUAACUGGUGUCACUCCAGUGAGAGAAAAGGCUUUGUGUUUCAAGUUGACAGAUGACGAAGACCCCUUUUUUUACUACAUUCUUCGUUUAAAUGAAGAUGAUUUCAAAACACUUAAGUCUCAGCAGGGAUUAUUAGUGGACUUCCAUAAUUUUCCUUCUCAGUUAGCUCUCUUGUUGCAGCAGUGUUCUGGAGGAAAGGAGAAUGAAAAAUUUGUACUUAUUCUAGAAGAUGAUAAUAGUAACCCAAUGUUACGAGCUCUUCAGAUUGUUGAGAAAAAUGAGUUUAAACAUUUAUGUCAUUUAAUGCUUUGUGUGGGACAUGGCAGCGAUGAUGAAAUUAAACAAUAUAUGGCUAAUCAAAUACAAAGUUUGAAGGAAAACAAAUCAAGAUGUGACAAGAACUUGUCUCAUUUGGAAUCAUCGCUGAUGCAUAUUCAAUCAGAUUUGAAACAGAAGUGCAUUGAAUUGGAAGAAAUGCGGCGGAAGUGGAGUGAAGAAAAAAAUGACAUGCACAUAGAUCAUCUAAACGCAUUGCGAGAAGAAAGAGAAAGACUUUCACGUCUCAAACUUAGGACAAAGAUAUCCAUUGAACAAGAAAAAGUGAUUGAAAGGAAAGAAGGUGAAGUAAGUGAAUUGAGAAAUGAAAUCAAGAAACUAGAGGAACAGUGUAAGAAGAAUGAAGAAACUGAGAAGGAGCUGAGAGAAACCCUUGCAGUAACAAGUCAGAAACUUGAAGAAAGGGAGAAAACUUUACAAAACAAUAAUAAUGUAAUUUCCUGGUUGAAUAGAAGACUAAAUGAGCUGCAGCAACAACAACAACAGAAGAAAAACUCUACUUCUUCCACUCCUCCUCAGUAUAGCACCUCAACACCUAUUGACCCGAGAGGGUGGAUCAGAACUCCUCAUGAAAUUCGAGGCCAACAGUCAGUCACACAGGAUCCUAUCCAUAUUCCAAGGCCAAUCAGUGAUUUGCGAGGGCAGAUACAGCACACACUAUCUCAACAGGACAAAAAUGAUCGGCCCCGCCCACCUGUCAUGCCUCAAGGCAUUUUUAGCAAACCACCAUCUUCCAAUACAACUGGAGACGGUAGACCUAGAACAGCACCCAUUAUCACAUCAGUUGAGUCCAAAGGCUUGAAUGACAAUCCUGCAAUUAAAAAUCCUGCAACUAAAAAUCCUGUUACAAAAAAUCCUGUGAAACCACCUCUUCCCAGGCCUUUUGUUCCUCCUGCAUCUGCCUAUUUUACCAAACCAUUUAAAAAUUAAUUAGAAGUAUUGUGUUUCUUACUAUUAUGCCUGUUUCUCAUUGCAAUGCUUUUUAACUUGUGAUACUCAUCUUAAUUUUGUUAUUCUCAUUUUUUUCUUAUUGUUAUUUUUCUUUUUUCUUUGAAUUUAAAAUACUACUGUAUAUCACCCGGGGAAGUUAAAAGUGAUUUUAUUAAGUUCUUAUCUUGAUAAUAUGUCUUCUGAAGGUUGUAAAUAAAGGAAAGAAUAUUUUAUGCAUAAUGUUAAUAAAAAUGUAUAUAAUGGCAAUGCAGUUAAAGAACUUGUGUAAAUAUUUAAUUUACUAUUUCGGUGAAUUUAAUUGUUACUCUUUAUUUUUACUCUCUGUUAAAAUCAUUUGGACUGUUCAAAAUUGAAAAGGAGUGAUAUGUGGAAAGUGUUGAUUGUUCUUUCUUGUGAAAUUUUUAAGAAAAAUAACAUUCUCUUGAAUGUCAAAUUUUGUUAAUUCACUAUAAAAUGUAAUUGAAGAUUGAUUUUUAUAAAAUGGAGUACUUAUUAAGUGAAUACACAUUAUUCCUUCCUAAAUGGAGUCAUACUAUGAUGAAUAAGGUUUUCUUUUUAAGAAAUAGUAAAGAAGAAAGCUUUGAAAUAAAAAGUUUAAUCAAGAUAUUACUCUUCAUAAUAUAAAAUAUUAUUUUUAUACUGUUCUCACAAAAAUAGGAUAUUAUUAUACUAUUCUCAUGACUUCAACAUUUAAAAAAUGAGGAAUGAGAAAUAUUUUAAAUCAGGUCUUCAUGAAAAAUAAUGAGUUAUUAUUAUACUAUUCUGAUGAGUACAGCAACAUUUACAAAAUUAGAAUAGUUUUGAGAUGCUAAGAAAGAUUUCAUAAUUUGAGUGGUCUUUCUAAUUCAGAAGAAUUUGAGAAACUUGUUCUAAGAAGAGUACAAAAUAUAUCGUAGAUGUAUUUGUAAUUUUAUACGAUAUCUAAAUGAUCAGUAUUUCCAAAGCAAAGCAAUGAACUAGAGUUUUAAUUGAGGGCAAAAUUGUGAAAAUGUAACGUUAAAAAUAUUUCCGUGUAUAUUUUGUUAGGGUAAAUUUUUGUUUUAUUCCGUGAAUGAAGUGUUAGUUUAAGACAAUUUAUAGAAAAUAUGGAAACCUAUUUUGAGUCUGCGCAGCAUUCCUUUUUGGUAUAUGAGCAGUUUAAUUGUUUAACAGAUAAAAGGACGUGUUUCAUUAGUUUAUUCAAUGAACGGUCAGACUUUGAACAAAUGAAUUAUAUAAGUUAAACCAUGUUUUUCAGGGCUUCCAGUUUGAGAGAAAUUAAAAUUGGUUAUAAACCUUAGAAUAAGAACAAUUCUUCUUGUGAUUCUAAAUGGAGUGUGCCUGUGGCACUGACAUGGAGUUUUCUGACAACCAAAAUUUAUACAAAGAAGACUUAAAUAUUUUAAAUAGUUGCACUCUUCAACUUUUCUUGUCUUAGAUUUAUCGAAUUGUUGUUUGGAAAUUUUAUUAAGGUGUAGGGUAUGAACUUUUGAUGUGUUAUUGUGAAGUUUGAUUAGAGACUAUUUUGUACUUAUUGCUAAGCUAGUAUGAAAAAUUACCAUUUGUUCUUUUUGUACCUUUCUGUAGAAAAUAUUUCAGAAAAUUACUAUUAUUAAAAGUGUUCACUAAGUGAAAUUAUGGAAUGUAAUAAAACAAUAUAUUUUCU